CCAACGCAUUUUCAGCAGGAAAUGCAUUUUCUAGUUAUAUUAGUUCACAGUAAGAGACUGCAGUAUGUCAGACUGUGAUGCGAUUUGUGGCGUGACAAUGUGCCGUUAACGUUACGGUGCCAGUCAGUAUAAAGUUGCAGCAUUUGAGUCAUUCAUCAUCACCAAAUGAUAAUUUAUGCAACAAGUUACAGAUUAAAGCACUUUUCAUCCACAUACUUAUUUGUAUUUCAUUAUUUUUGUUUCAUGUCCAUGUUAUUCUUGUGUCAUGCCAUUUUGGUUAUUUGGUACAUUGUGAUGAAUAUUUUAGUGCAUCAAGACUCUUGCGGAAAACUCUGAAACUGAAAUUGCACGUUUCCUCUCCUCAUGUGCAUGACUUUCCCUUCCCCAAUCGGCUCAAAGCAAUUCUGAACAGUAAUAUGACUCAGGUGGUCAUAAUUUCCUCCAGCUUAACAGGGUACUCAGAUCAUGUUGAUUGGCAGAAAGUCAUAAAGUUGAUCAGGUAUCAUACCAUAAAACCUCACAGAACUUGGUAUUGUUACACCACGGUCAAGAAAUGAUGCGGUGCUUACAUUUAACAAGAACGGCAAAAAGGGUCUUUAGCCUUCAAAGUAUUGACUCUAAUGCACCCCAAAAGGUUGUGAGCAGAGAUACAACUUGUCCAGAAUACUUCAGGAUUAUGUCUAAUAGACAGACUACAAACCAGUUACUCAAAGACCAAAAACUUAUUUUGCUCAAAAUGCAUAUGGUGACUUAUCCUCUUUUGUUUGACAUAAUUGAUUGGUGUGUGUGUGUGCGUUUUGAAUCGUUAUCUUACUUUGAUGUGGUCUGAUCUGUCUUGUUUGUUCCUUUAUUGUAUUACACAGAGCAUUUUAAAUGAACUUCAAAAAUGUGCAGAUAAUUCAGAUACAGACAAUAGAUAGAUGGAUAAAUGUGUAAACAGCCCCACCGUGUGGUGCUCAGACCGAAUUCAUGUAUAGAGUUCUUCUUCUUUUUGUGCAGAGUUCACUGAUGGACGGGGUGUUUACACUGACCGGAGGAGACCUCAUUGGCCUUUUCGAUGAUGAGUUGUACUCCAAUGACUCUUAUGAUGAAUACGAUUGCUGUGAGGACAUGUGCGACUCGAACAAGGGUGGGCAUUUUGAGUCGGUGUUCAUCCCAGCUGUGUACUCUGUGGCGUUUGUUGUGGGCAUCCUGGGGAAUGGAGUGCUGCUGGGAGUUCUGGUUCAGAGCAGGAGGACCUGGAGUGUAACGGACACCUUCAUCCUCCACCUUGGUGUGGCAGAUGUCCUGCUGCUGGUGACUCUGCCCCUCUGGGCUGCGCAGUCCGCUCAAGAUCAUGGAUGGACCUUCGGCACUCCUCUCUGUAAGAUCACCGGAGCUGUUUUUACGAUCAACUUCUACUGUGGAAUCUUUCUGCUGGCCUGCAUCAGUCUGGACCGCUACCUGUCCAUCGUCCACGCUACCCAGAUGUACUCCCGCAAGAAGCCCUGGGUCGUUCAGGUCAGCUGCUUAGCAGUGUGGAUCCUCUCCCUGCUCCUUUCUAUCCCUGACUGGGUCUUUUUGGAAGCUGUGAAUGAGAAUAGAACAAGCAAAAAAAUGCAGUGUGUACGCAACUACCUCCGCUUUGCUUCUGAGGCAGUAGGUGACUGGCGACUGGCAUCACGUCUGCUCUUCCACAUGGUGGGCUUCCUGCUGCCUUCAGUCAUCCUGAUCUUCUGCUACUCCUGCAUCCUGCACCGGCUGCGGUGCGGCUCCCAGGGCCUCCAAAAGCAGAAAGCUUUCAGGGUCAUCGUGGCAGUAGUGGCCGUUUUCUUUCUCUGCUGGACGCCAUACAACAUCACACUCAUGGUGGAUACACUUCAUUCCGGCAACAGCAGCGAGACCUGCGGGGUCAGAACGUCUCUUGAAACAGCCAAGAUAAUCACCUCCUCCGUGGGUUUCCUCCACUGCAGCCUCAAUCCCAUCCUCUAUGCCUUUGUGGGUGUGAAGUUCCGGCGUCAGCUCCUGGACAUCCUGAGAUCUCUGGGCUGCAAGCUGAAGACAAGCGUCAAACUGCAAUCUGUUACCAGCAGGAGAAGCUCCAUUUGGUCCGAGUCUGCUGACACCUCCAACUCCAUUGCUAUUUAGAAGAGAGACACAACGUAUUAACAAGCACAUGUACAAAACUGACCAAGCUGACAAAAUUACGGAAAGGUCCCAUAUGGUAAAGAAAACUGUGCCUUUAAACGAGCAAUCAGGAUUUGAUUUGAUUGUAUACAAUAUAGAGCACUCCAAAGUUUUAAGCAUAAACCUUGUAAAUCCCAGUUUCUUUCCGGUUGCAGUGGAUGUGAAUGACAACAGCUGACACGAAGUAAACAUGGACACAAACAUGGACGCAAUUCCGUUGUCAAACGUGCUUAAACAGCGUGUUUCAGCGUAAAUACAGGUGCUUUUGUUAAUUGUCUGUGUCAUAUAACCUGUUACAUGCUAUGUUUUCUUUCAGUGUCCUAUAGUUCACAGUAUUAGUAGCUAAACUUGAACAUCGUCAACAUGAACAUGACUAAAAUCAUUUUGUCUGUCUGGGACUUGAGGUCAAACACCUGUACUUGUAGGAAGCAGAUCUAUUUUUCUUGUUGUAGAAGUAACUUCCAUUUUCUGAGUGCAAGGCUACAUUGCUACAUAGCAUGUAUAUACUUCAGUGAGUAUUAUUACUAAGGCUAUAUAUCCUGCUUUGAAAUAUAUCUUAUACCACAAUUAUAGGUUACUGUAUGUUGUAUUUUAUUUUUGUACAUGGAUUGUUCAAAUACAGAAUCAAAUAUACAGAAUUUUUUUUAAAUCAGAAACCAGUAUAUUUUUGACAUUACAGUACAGCUUGACAGGACCCCUCAAAGGACAAUUAUUUUAGAAAGAAUUUAAUAAAAUUUACAGAAAAUAAAAUUGAACAGAUAAAUGAAUGAAUAAAUACAUUGUUUUAAAUACCUAGAAAAUAUUCAAGUUUAGUUUUUGGGUAGUCAAAAAUGCUAUCCAACACCCAUGUGAUUUAUCCCUAAAAACAUUUGUUAUUUGUGAGAUUUUUACUUAAUAAUUAACAGAAACUGGUGUUUUCACAUUUUUCCUAUACAGCUAGUAAAGAAGUUAUCAAAUCAGUCAAGUAAAUACUGUAUACCGUGUAACAAAUGAUAGAGGAUAGGUUGCAGCAUGAAUUUCACAAUUUAAACUUUAGAAGUUAGAUUGUGCAACGGCCCUUUUUGUAUUCUCUGUUCUUUCUGCAUGUAUUGAGUAUUUAAGAUAUUUUAAUGUCCUAACUUCCCUAAAAAUGUUCUCUAUGCUUAUGAUAUAGUCAGGAUACAGGUGAUUACGUAGAAAACAAGUUGACUGUGAACCAUCACGUAGGGGUUUACAGUGGAAAUAGCUUACAUCUCUUUGACAGGAAACUAAAGUCACAAAAAGCCACCACACAUCCUCAAACACGUUGCCUAUGCAAAAAAAGACAAAAAAAAGAUAGAUGAGCAAAGGGAAAUGCUGUAACUUGUGGCAGACUAUGUUUUCCAUCACAGCGCGUCUCAUUCAUAAUUUACAUGAGCAGCAAACAUUUCACAACAGCAGGCUGGUGGCACUGGUGUUAAAAAGAGAGCAUCCCUUUAAGUUUGAUUCCAGUAGUAUAGAUACCCUGUUAUUACUCUACUGGUUCAGUCACUGAGGUAGAGAACAAAGCCAGCGAAGGGUUCGUAAACUCUUCCGCAGUCUUCCAGAGUUAACAGCUUGACUGCACGUUCAUUCAAACACAUCAAGCGCUGUGUGGGAUGUGGUCAACAUGCAUUUGUCUUGUUUUCAGUCAUCGAGUCACGAUGCUCAAUUCUUUUUAACUUUUGUACUUAGACGAAUAAAAAGCCUUGAAUUGUGGACGGACUCAACUCCCUUUACUGUGGACGGUA